UCACCUCCUAUUCAGGCUCAGGUUGCUGGCUGACCGGAAAACUAUAUUCACCUUUAAGGAUCCAUUGAACAUUAAGCCAUCAGUGAGCAAAUUUACCUUGAUGAUUUGCAUGUGGAUGAAGAUACUGGCACACUAAAGUUCAUUUUAUCAGUUAGAUCAGACUAUCCGAACAUGGUUUUGCAUGUACUUUGUACUCCACAUUAGAAUUUUCAAUGGUUCUCAUUUUAUUCUCCACCUACCAGUGAAGAGUCAGUCAAUUUUAAAUGAGAUACACACAGUCAGUUGGAGAGAGUGAAUAAACCAGCCACAUUUUUCCUGAAAUUUUUCCUUGUGAUACUUUCAGUCCAAAGAACAUUUUACAAAGAAGACAACAAUUUAAAGUCUUUAGGACAACAUGAAGCUCACGGUCUAUUGCUGGUCCUGGUUUGGAACCUUGCUGAUCUCACUGAUGUGUUUGAUAUUUAGAUCACAAGCCGGAGUGGUGGACGAUUUCUCCCAAGUAGAUCGCUGUAAGGAUUUCCUUUAUAUGGGCACUCCACCACGAGGUUACCUCAGUACUUCCCUAAAGAAGAUCUGCCAGCGCUAUUUGGACAAGGCUCGCUUUGUUACCCUCUACGACCCCCAAAAACACAUCCCCAUAUAUUCAGCAUACACCUUCAAGAAAUCAGAUGGGGAGAAACGUGUAGACAUUCCCUGGAUGUUUGAACCACAGCUGGCAACUGAGAAAGGAAGCAAUAACAUGGAACCCUUUCCUCAAUCUUCCUUAAUGCACAAAAACUUUGAAGACACGCAGGCUGUGUUAGAAGACUACGUUGAUGUGGUGCAAUAUGAACGUGGCCAAAUGAACCCCGAUGAGCAUCAGGCAGACCCGCUGGACAAAGCUGCCACCUACACACUGACCAAUGUAGUUCCCCUGAUAAGGGAGUUCAAUUUUGGUCCCUGGAGCACACAGGUAGAGGUUACUCGCAAACGGCUCAACAAUUAUUGUCACGGAAAGGCUUAUGUGAUCACUGGGGUGACAACAUCAGGUAAUACGAUUCGACGUGAUAACCUAGAUCGUGUCGCCAUCCCAGAGUUCAUGUGGACAGCCUAUUGCUGCACAGAUUAUGAUCACAAUGCUCCCUACUCAGAGCGGUAUAAGUUUCCAGCGUUCGGCGCCUACGGUCUUAAUGAUCACGUGAACAACCAGAUGGUGGAGGUUCCUAUCAAAAAUCUGGAGAAGUUUCUCAAGGGCAAAAUGGAGGUGGACAAGAACUUCCAGAUCUUUUACAGUGACUGUGUGUCAGAUGCGUAAAGAUUAGAAUUGUAUAAUGAACCAAUCCAAGGGGUUCAUUAUCAUAAGAAUUGCAGAUACUACAUUAAACUUAAUACUAAAUGAUAUGCAUUGCAUUUGUGUAUAAUGAAUGGUAAUGUUUUAAUUCAUCGAAUUAUAGGAAAAAUUCUGUAAUCCUUUACACACCCUCAUGUCAUUCCAAACCUGUAUGUGUUUAUUUCUUUUGCUGAACAUACUAGAAGAUAUUUUGAAGAAUGUGGGAUAUUGCUCCCCCUUAACCAUAG